UGCUUCAUUUGGAUUCAUCGACAGGGUCUUUCACUUGGAGUAAAUUUGUUCGAUAAAUGGAUUUAUGUGAAUUCAGUGGCUGAUAUGAGGCAUAAAGUUGAUUUUGGCAUGUCCUUUUCGCAUAAUGGGGAGCUCCUGGAUUCAAUUUUAGGUUUACUUGGAAUUUUUGCAAAAGCCUGACCAUUUCUUAUGAAACGAUUAUUGGAUGUGCAAAUCGGCCACAUAAUGCUGUAUUUUCAGGGUCAGCAUGGCACUGGGGCUUCUCCUUUGCGAUAUAGUUUGAUGCAAUGUGGGGGAGGAUCCAUUGAAGCUUAGCAUGCUCUGCAGAAUAGUUUGUCAGGAUAAUGAGUGGAGCACACGAACUCAUGAUAUCAUCUUAUGAGUUAUGACAGCAUACAAUGGUGCAUACUUCUUUCAUGUGAGCAGAGGCAUAGCCUGAAAUGAGUGUUGGAAACUUGGAACAUUUAGUUAAGUCAUGAUAAUUCCAUUCUGUCCAGGUGAAGGUCAAAAUGGGCUGCCAAACACACUAGGUAUAAUAGUAGCUCUCUCCACUGUUGUAAAAUCAACAACUUCAAGCUUUGAAGAAUCCAUGUGCGUAUGUCUUCUUUCUCAGGCUUGUCUUGUAAUCUACACUUAGCAUGUACAAUCUCAUUCCAAUGCAUUGCAAGCCUCUCCGGUUUGGAUUGGACAUCGUCACCUGUAAUCUGAAACUGCUGGGUUUAGACAUGCUCUUGUAAUACAGGUCCUUUGACAGGAUAUGCUUAUGGUCAGCCUCAGUUCAAUUAUUUGUCUGCUUUCUUCUGCAUAGAAUGACUAACUUAUGGCAGACAAGUUUUGCUUGGACCAGUUUGAGCGAACCAACAUAACAGACUGUCUGUUUCCUUGUAGUUGGAUCUCCAACUUUUUGGAAUGUCCCAAAUUCUACUUGAGCAUCCAAAUCUGGAUCAAUACCAGCAAAAACAUCUCUGAACAAGGUUCUAGCUCCAUGCAAAAUGUGUCCAAAAAGUAAGAUGCAGCAUGGAUGGAUGGUUGCUAAGUCCCGAAAGAUUUGGUCGAAUAAGAAGUUGUGGACACAGGAGCACUCAUGUCAAAAAUUAGUUCUCUGAGAGGAUUUGGAAAUAUUGCCAAAAGAUGGAGAGAACUCAAUGGUGCGAAUUACUGGAAGGGUCUACUUGAUCCACUUGAUGUCGACCUCCGUAAGAAUAUCAUCAACUACGGUGAGCUCUCACAGGCAGCUUACACGGGGCUCAACAGAGAGAGAAGAUCAAGGUAUGCAGGGUCUUGCCUCUUCAGACGCGAGGACUUCCUCAGCAGGGUGGAUGUAUCAAACCCUAAUCUUUAUGAGAUUACAAAGUUCAUAUAUGCAAUGUGUACAGUCAGUUUGCCUGAUGGGUUCAUGAUAAAGUCGUUGUCAAAGGCUGCAUGGAGCAAGCAGUCAAAUUGGAUGGGGUUUGUUGCUGUGGCCACCGAUGAGGGUAAGGAAGUGCUCGGGAGGCGGGAUGUGGUGGUGGCAUGGCGUGGGACAAUACGGAUACUAGAAUGGAUGGAUGACCUUGAUAUUUCUUUGGUACCUGCUUCAGAAAUAGUACGUCCAGGCAGUGCCGAUGAUCCCUGUGUUCAUGGAGGCUGGCUGUCCGUCUACACAAGUACUGACCCGGGGUCUCGGUACAAUAAACAAAGUGCACGGUAUCAGGUUUUGGAUGAAAUCAAAAGGCUACAAGAUGUGUACAAGCAAGAGGAGACCAGCAUCACCAUAACAGGCCACAGCCUUGGAGCCGCUCUUGCGACCAUCAGCGCCACCGACAUUGUCUCCAACGGCUACAACCAGAGCUGCCCAGUAUCAGCCUUCGUGUUUGGUAGCCCCAGAGUGGGCAACUCCGACUUUCAGAAAGCGUUUGACAGUGCAGAUGAUUUGAGAUUGCUCCGUGUCGAGAACUCCCCCGAUGUGGUCCCAAAGUGGCCAAAGCUAGGAUACAGUGAGGCUGGGACAGAGCUCAUGAUCGACACUGGGGAGUCACCCUACAUCAAGACACCCGGAAACCCCUUAACAUGGCAUGAUAUGGAGUGCUACAUGCAUGGGAUAGCUGGGACGCAGGGGAGCAAUGGAGGGUUCGAGUUGGAGGUCGAUCGAGACAUCGCGUUGGUGAAUAAACAUGAAGAUGCACUGAAGAAUGAGUAUUCAAUUCCAUCGUCUUGGUGGGUGAUGCAGAACAAAGGUAUGGUGAAAGGCAAGGAUGGUCGGUGGCAUCUGGCCGACCAUGAGGAUGAUGACUGAUUUGGCUUGCCACUUGAUCCUGAUACAAUUGUCACUACGACGACCGGGCAACAACUUGCAUCUUACUACGAUCAUUGCCUAAAAAUUUAUGCGGAAAUGUUCCCUAGAAAAAAAAAGGGCAAUUGUUCCUCGUGUGUUCUUAACUGUUUGUGAGUGAAGAAGUAUGUUUGAAAUGAUUUUUUUUUUCAGUGAACUGUUCUUUUGUUUCCGGGAUCAGUGAAAUUUUUUUAAAGUCUCGAA